AUGAGUGGAAAUUCUGAAGUUCGUGGUCCUUGUAGAGCCGCUUGCAACAUUUUGACGAACGUGCGGCACUUUUUGGCUACUGAUCCGAUUUAUGAACAAAUUGAAAACGUGCGAUAUGUGGAGGCCGAGGUUCCGAUGGUGAAGAUCAUCUUUGUGAAGGGGCCAAAUAUUAAUCUCAGUUGUUGCACAGGGUCAUAUGCAUCAGGAAUUCAAAAGAGCUACCUUAUUCGUGGAUUUGUAUUAACUUAUGAGACGUUUUGGGAAAUCAUUAUCCAUCACCCCUCGUGGGGAAAUCUUCUUAUUAGAUGGUCUGGAAAGUACUACGCUCGAAUAAGAGGGUUGGCAAUGGGACAACGACUGGCUCCAAGCCUUGCCAUUGCAUUUAUGUCUAAGGUGGAAGCACCGGUGACUGAUCUCGGGCCGCUACUCUACUGUAGGUGGGAUUCACGGUUUGCAUCACUUUAUAUGUUGGUAAAGGAGUGGGCGGCAUGUAGCGGUGUUGAAAAUUCAAGUAAUGGAGGAUUCACUAGGUGCACUAAUGCCUUCACAUUUUAUGACUGUACUUCUGUCUUUUUUCUUAUUCGUCUGCUUACAGAAAACCGUUGUUUCCACGUUGUUUUAGAAAAGUAUGCUCGAAACGUGAAUGGUGAAAUUCGAUACCCCAUGGUUCUCGAUUUUAACGACGAGGAGUUUCUGGCCGAUUCUCCAGUGAUUGAGAAAAAUAGUCUGUCGGUGGCACAAUUGUUCGUGUUGUUCUUGGACUAUUACUGCAACUUCAAUUUUGACCGUUACUACAUCUGUAUGCGUGAUGCCGCUGUGAAACGGAGCAUGUUUUACUACACUGUUUUCGAAAACAGAGCCAGAAGUGCUGACGAUGAUGGAGCAACAGAUGACAGAGGAAGUUCUGUUUUCAUACGCGAUCCAAUUGAUGAGCAAAAUCCAGGAAGAUCAGUUCGAGAUGUCACCGUUCUUCAGGAUAAAAUGAGGUAA